GUGUAUCAGAAAGAUAUAUAUUAUUAGUAUGCAUUAUAAGACUUUUUUUGAGAAGAGAAUAUGAAGGUCUACAAGAGUUAAAAACUUACCCUAGGUUGCUGAAACCCAGGCCCAAACCCCCCUGUUUCAAUCCUAUCCCAAAGUGCUGAGAUUACAGUCAUGAGCCACUGCAUCCACCGGUAGUUUUUAAACUUCCCUGGUGAUUGCAAGUUGCAGCCAAAGUUGAGAAGGGCUGGAUAAAGAGUUCCCUGAACAAGUCAUGUUCAUCCCUGCCUCUGAGCUUUGCUAUUGCCUUCCUGUCUCAUAUGCUCAUGUUUUUCCCCUCUUUUCUCUCUCUCUCUGUUUUUGUUUGUUUGUUUGUUUUUUGUUUUUAGGCUCACUUUAAACUCUACCUGAAGGUCUGCCCUGACAGCCGCAGGCUGUGUGAAUCUCUUCCUUCUCUGCCCUUUCUGACUCUGUCUAUGCCAUGGUCAUGUUACCUGAGGCAGCCUCAUGGUCAUGGUUGAUGGCUCCAUAGAAGGGAAUCCUAGCACUUUAACUGGACUAUAAGAAUCCCAGAAGAAGGAAGCACAUUGUAUACUUUUAUAUCCUGACAACUUCUGGAACAUGUAAUAGAUGGCUAAUAAAUACAUGUUGCAUUGGAGGCUGCUGCUAACAUAUAUGAUAUCUUUGGGCAAGUUUGGAAAAUGCCCGAUAUAGGCUAAAAGUUAUACAAAGAUUCCCUUCCUUGGGGGUCCCUGUAGUUUCUGUACUGGGAAGCAUGGCUGGAUAUGCAGACGGUGGAUCAGGUUUCAGCCCCACACAACCCCUUGCCCAGGUGCCCCUGCCAGGGCAUAAUCUAUAUGCAUGACCUUCCUGCAAACCCAAGCACGGUUGGUGUGGGAGAAAGUGACUCAGGACCCACAAGUGAGGCUUUUCCACAUGCUGAAGCCUCUUCCUGACUAACACAGCUUGCCCAGGUUUGGGUGUACAAUGCACACACAGCAGUAGCUACCCACUGUCAUUUGGAUUCAUUAAAAAUAAAAUCAUCUCAUAAGUUUGCAAAUGUUCAUUUUUUAUUUUUUUAUUUUUUGCAUUACAAAACUUUCAUAUUUCCCCUGUGUACAGAAGUAUAAUUUUGAGUGUGUUUCUUUAUGUGUAAGGUGAGAGUGGCAAGAAUAUAAAAUCUUUACCUGUUACUCCUAGUUUUUCUUGGGCUGGGGAGGGGCAGUAGGACUGGAAUAUUCACUGAUGGGCACCCAGGCCCUGGACUGAAAUUUCCUGUGAAUGCUUCAGCUAACCCUGUUGUGAUGAAUCCUUUAGCAAUUUCUGCCCCAGGGAGGACUAAGGCAAGCCAGGGUCCCUGUAGUCCCUCUGGGGCUGCCCAAAAGGUUUUCCUUUCUAUGACAGGCCAUGGAGGAGCUGGUGGAUGAGGGGCUGGUGAAAGCCCUUGGCAUCUCCAAUUUCAACCACUUCCAGAUCGAGAGGCUCUUGAACAAACCUGGACUGAAAUACAAACCAGUGACUAACCAGGUUGAGUGUCACCCGUACCUCACGCAGGAGAAACUGAUCCAGUACUGCCACUCCAAGGGCAUCACCGUUACAGCCCACAGCCCCCUGGGCUCUCCAGAUAGACCUUGGGCCAAGCCAGAGGACCCUUCCCUGCUGGAGGAUCCCAAGAUUAAGGAGAUUGCUGCAAAGCACAAGAAAACCACAGCCCAGGUUCUCAUCCGUUUCCAUAUCCAGAGGAAUGUGAUUGUGAUCCCCAAGUCUGUGACACCGGCACGCAUUGUUGAGAACAUUCAGGUCUUUGACUUUAAAUUGAGUGAUGAGGAGAUGGCAACCAUCCUCAGCUUCAACAGAAACUGGAGGGCCUGCACCGGGUUGCAAUCCUCUCAUUUGGAGGACUACCCCUACGAUGCAGAAUAUUGAGGUUGAAUCUCCUGGAGACAUUACACAGGGGAUUCUCUUUCUUCGCUGAAGUGUGACUAUCUCCACUCACGUCCUAUUUUAGCCAAGCUUAUCUGAGAUCACAGUGAACUUCAUCCUGCUGUAGACCAGAAUUGAGGUGCUGUUUUAGACAUGUAUUUCUGUAUGUGCAACUAGGAUCAGAAUAUCACAGAAAAACAUGGCUUGAAUAAGCAGAUGACAAUUUUUUCCACUUCUCUGAUCUGAACAAAUAUUUGUUAAGCACAAGAAAUUCUGCCAACACUGAGGAUGUAAAGAUCAAUAAUAAAAAAUAAUGAUGGUAACCAA